AUGAUUGAGAUACAAGCAAAUGACAGACUUGGUAAAAAGAUCAGAGUAAAGUGUUUGCCUACCGAUACAAUUGGUGAUUUGAAAAAAGUGCUUGGAGCACAAAUCGGAACUCCAUACGACAAGAUAAUCUUGAGGAAAGGACAUCAGAUAUACAAGGACCACAUUACGUUAGAAGAUUAUGAAGUUCACGAUGGGUUCAACUUCGAGUUGUACUACGGUUGA